UAGGCGCUCUAGGCCGUGCCUUUGACGACUCAACAGACCUAGAAAUAAUAUUGAUAACGAAUAACUUGUAGAUAUAGGUUUAUCGUGAACGUGUGUUGAGAAACACUCCGUAUGAUUUUGAUUUGUCGCGUAAAAUUUAUGUCCAACUAUAGCAAUCUUGUAUUUGUUCCGGCUUUCAGAUACAGUGCUAGAUCAUCAAAUGUAUAUACCGAUUUAUUUCAACUAAGCAACAAACAGCUUUUGGCAGACUAUAUGCUCGCCAUCUACUAUAUAGAGGAGCCAAAACAACGCUUUUGUUUAGACGCUCUGUCCCGCCUCUCUUUUUAGCAGCUCUACGCCUACUAUAAGCUAAGUACAAUAGUUCUUCAACCAUGUACAACUGUUAAAUCGUCCUGGGAUAGCGAGGGCUCUGAAUGUUAUUUACUGCGGGUGGCGAUAUUAAAAUGACCAAAAAUUAAAAAUAUCUAAGCAGUUUAUCUGAGUAUCCUCAGGUAUCCAUCGAGUCUAUUCCUGAUGAAAACAGUAAUCGUCAUUUAUUAUGAAUGAAAAGUGUGAAAAGGCUGCGAUACGUCGCCGACCAUAUCAGCAAUUUGACAACAAACACUGCUACACAAAGCUUUUUUUUUUUAGCAGGAUGCUCACAGUUCAUCAUGAUGACAAUUAUGAAAUGAAAAAAAUUCAUUGUUUUUUUAUAUUAUUUCUCGAUUCGGGGUGAAGGCUGCACAUGCGCCAUACGCGCGUCUAUGUAGUCGCGUUACCUAUAGAUUACCAAAAGCAAAACAGUCCUUGUAGAACGGCCCGCACUACCACACCUUUUAUUUCAAUCAGGUCUCUUGGGACAGAUAUUAUUAGGUUAUUGGCCUGCUCAUCUAAAGGCUGAUGAUAAUUUCUCUUUGUUAUAUAUAAGGCUUGUUUGUUUCUGACGUUGACGAUUAAUCUAGCAAUUGUUACGUAUUAUUUUUAUCAUUUGAUGCACAAAGAAUUAUCAGGGAAUUUAAAAAUGAAAACUUACUUUUUUCUUUAUUCCCGGAACAUAAAACAGGUCCUUUUGCAUUGAAAUUAUAGGUGAAUGCGGUACGAGCAUUUUUCUAUGCCAAUUAAAUAUUAUUCCCUCGACCUGCCCUACCUACUAAAAAUGUAGGGUUUAUCUGGUAUGACGUGUAUGACGUACUAACAUAAUGGGCUUGUGGUUAAAGUUCUACGCCACAAGCGCUACAUUGCAUAUCAGAGUAUAUUCUGUUGUGCUGCAGGGAAACAAGGCUUCGAGUGGGGCACCUGGUUGGGCAGGGGAGGUCAAGUAUCGAGAUGAGCUGAGGGAUGGACUCCACCCAUUUGCGAAGGCUCGGCAAAACAGACUCCUUUAACAAGAAGUUUCUUUAGGUACAGGACCUAUGGGCAUGGUAUGUAAAAGGGUCGAUGGGUAGCCACGAACCUUCGAUGGUGUCUCCCUUUCCGGAUGUCGACCCGCAAGGACGUUAAUACGGAGCGAUCGGGGCGGGGGUCACUACAGUGCUGAGCUGUGAGACAGUCAGCUUCCGUAAUGCGCAGGAUGAGCUCGACUGAGCUGACAAGGAACGUGGUACGUGCAUUGAGUAUCUGUUAAAUAUAUUUCAUAGGUGUUUUCUGCUAGGGGCUGCAGAAGAAGAAUGUAGUAUGGGUAACAAGGCUAGUACGUUCACUGAGGAACAGCUGGAAGACCUACAGGAUAGCACGUUCUUUACACGAAAGGAGAUCUUAAUGCUACACAAGAAGUUUCGUGACCUCGACCCUCAACUUGUGCCCAAGACAAUGCUCGGAGACGAGGCUCGCGAGGUCAAGGUACCUUGCGAGAGAUUGCUAAAAAUGAAUGAGUUUCGUGAAAAUCCGUUUAGGGAACGACUACUCCGCGUUUUCUCCGAGGAUGGCACGGGGAAUCUUUGUUUCGAGGACUUCUUGUACAUGAUGUCUGUGCUUAGUGAAGGAGCCCCGCGAGAACUGAAAGCCAAAUUCGCUUUUGUCAUAUACGAUUAUGAUGGUGAUGGCAAACUAGGACCGCAAGAUAUCGCAAUGGCUGCUGCAGCUCUGACACAAGAUCAGCUUACUACAGAUGAGAUAAAAGUGGUUGUCGAAAAAGUUUUAGACGAGGGAGACAUCGACAGCGAUGGGUAUUUAUCACAGGCUGAGUUUGAACAUGUGAUCUCACGAGCGCCAGAGUUUGUUAAUGCCUUUCACGUGCGUGCGUAAUUGGCAAACGGCCUUUGGAACCGACCUAUGAAAAUUUACUUCAAGCUAGUGAGCUUAUGUUGUAGCUGACAGGACCUAAUAUCUAUGAAGUGCUUAUCAUGGGUACUGCUCAAAGGAAUGUUGGAUCACAAGAGAUUAAAAAAUGUCUCUGAACAAACUCAAUACUUCCUGUCUGUAUAUGUAUAACGUCAGCUAACCAGUGCAUGGAUUUAAUUUAUCUCCUUAUUUAACUUCAUAGGAGGACAACUCCUUCCUACAAUUGUAACGUGCACUUUGGGAUUCUAUCCCCAGUCGUGAUAAAACAGUGGACAAUUAUGCAUUUCAUGAAGCUUCUGUCUCUAGCAUAAUCCACACGAGAUACAUGGUUUAUGAUGAGUUCGUUAGAUACGAUCCGCGCAAGAAUAGUCUACUGAUGAGUUAGUGGGAUUU